AUGAGCAGUGACGAAGAUGAAACUAUACUUGAACUCUGCAAAAAAUUAAAGAUAAAAAUACCCCCAAAAAAACCAAAAUCACUCACCCACAAUUCUAUACACCCAAUUUCAAACCUUGAAAAUCUAGACCUUAAUAAUUUACCUAUAUUAAUAUUAGAAGAAGUAAUAGAAACAACUAUGAUACAAGAACCAGAAGAAAUGCUUGAAAAACAAACACGAGUAGUAUCUUUAGAAGAAAUGAGCUACGAGAACGUACCUGAUCUAACAACUGUAACGGAUGGAUUAAUUGAUAAUGAACAGAAUUUAAUUCAAGAUGUUGAUAAUGUAGAAGUUAAUGAAAACGAAAAAUCAACUAACAACGAAUAUUUUGGAGAUCUUAAUUCUAAGCGUAAAAGAAAAUCUAAAGGUCAAGUAAAGUCGGAUAACAAAAGGGAGUGGACUAGAAAUAAAUGCAAAAAACUAAGAUUAGAGGGAGAGUCGUACAUGGGAUAUCGGCGAGAUAGCAAGCAAGAGAAGUUUAAAGUAUUACAUGAUGUUAUGCGGCCUGCGCGUGAAAUAGGACCUCGUUGCUUUUCUGAGUUUUGUAAGAAAUCCAAACUUCGUGGAUGUAACAACAUAGCAGAGACAGAGAGACAAGAAAUUUUUAUUAUUUUUUGGAAACAAAUGGACUGGUCUCAGAGGCAGCAAAUCAAUGUAUACAAUACGAACGAACAAACAGAAUGGGACUACUUUCUAGUUGACGAAGUAAGAUCUGCUGCCAGGAAAUUAAGAAAUGAAAAGGCAGCAGGACCAGAUGGUAUUUGCAGUGAAAUAAUUAAAUACGCAGAUGAUAGCAUGCUUCAAUUCAUACUAUUAACCUUUAACAAUAUUGCAAAAAGUGAAAUUAUACCGAAACAGUGGCUCUUAUCCAAUAUAACUUUGAUACAUAAAAAGGGGAACAAGCAUAACAUAGACAAUUACAGACCAAUUAGCAUUUUCUCAAUCAUGUAUAAACUUUUUAUGACUAUGAUAAGAGAAAGACUACAUAAAACUCUCGACGAACAACAACCACCUGCCCAAGCCGGCUUUCGGCCACAGUUUAGCACUAUUGAUCACCUACACACGAUAACCAACUAA